AUGUCUGCGUCAUCACGCUCCACCAAGUCUUCGCGCUCCUCGGCAAUCUCUGCGGCUCCUGAGCGGUCGACGAACAGUGUCUUUGCUGUAGGGCACGUCGAUGUCGCCGUCCCCAGACCAUCCGAUAAAGACAAGCGAAAGUUUCACGGAAGCUUGCUAAGCUCCAAGUCCCCUUCGGGAGGUGCGCAGCCAGCGGGCAUCCUGAAGGCCCCUUCGCUUGGUCCACGUUCUUCAAUUGGCGGCGAGUCGCAAGGGCACGACAUGAGCGUGGUGCCCCUGCCUUCAUAUGUAGGCACUCCCGACACCACGGCGGACCGCAAGUGCAAGCUUGUAGUCACAUCGCCAUCAGAUGGGGCUGCUGGCGUGGCGUCGCCGCAGCAAGACACGUCGCUCGUCCACCACGAGGGAAAAAAGGCUCGCUUCGGCGUCCCCUCGCUGAAGGUUGUUUCCCCGUUGACAUCCACAUCAACCAGCAGGUGGGUUUGGAUCCUGAAGGUCGCAGCGAUCCUGACCUUGAUCGUGGUCGCCGUGGCCGGGACUCUCCUUGUCGCUUUCUGGCUGCUGCACAGCGGUAGUAGGGCUGAAGGUGAUCUUUUCUGCGAAAGCGACGACUGUCAUCACCACGAGGCGCUUAUCGGCGCACGACUGAACAGGAGCAUGGACCCGUGUGCGGACUUUAGUGCCUUCGUUUGCUCCGCCUGGAUGGCAUCAAGCGUCUAUCGGUCACUUUCUACGCAGCAGGACGUUGUGGGCACAUGGUCAAUGCGCUUCCAUUCAUUGCUCAACGCGGGGCAGGUUCACAUGGAAGCAAGCUCGAAGGCUCUCGGAAUGCUCCAACUUUGCAAGGAUAGGCCCAACGAAAUGGUCACUAGUGGCGUUGCUGCACUCCGAAAGUUCAUGGACGAGCGAAAUAUAAGCUGGCCGAAGCAGCCCAAGCCGAAUAUCCGGCCACUUGGAGUCCUUCUUGACUUGGAUUUCAACUGGGCAGUGGCGCUGUGGUUCCAUGUACGCUUUCUGAGAAAACUAGGUGGUAGGAGGCGUGCCAUGAUCAUUAGUCCGACGGCGACCGUUCUCAACCAAUUCAGGUUGCACAGUAAACUCGUGUCCAGCGGCACGUUUUUCGACUAUUGGCGCAAGCACUAUGAGCUGCUUGCCCCGCCAGGAACUCUCCCCGCAACGGAAACGGAGAGCAAGAGAGUGGCAAACGUGCAGACUUUCGUGCUUCAGGAACUCUUGGAGGGCAGCCGUACUCCAUCUGUAGAGCAGAUACUGCUCAGGAGCAUAGAAAAGACCGUUAAAAAUAUCCCUUCGAAUGAAUGGAUAGCUUCGCUGAACAAAAACUCCCGGGUGGAUCCUGUACUCACCGGCGAGGACCGCGUUAUUGUGACGCACGACGCGCUCCUGUCUGCCAUUGACAACAUCACUCGGACCUACGAAAACGGUGAGAUACUUGAGAACGUCGCUUGGCUGUUCUUGCAGGCAGUAGGACCUAUCGCUGACUUUGCCCUUCUAGCGCCCAGCCGAGAAAGCGUAGGGAACGCGCCCGGUGACACAACUGAUAGGGCCUCAGCAGAGCGAGAAGCCUUCUGCGCGGCGCAAGUGGAGUGGGCGUAUCGCUUCCUCAUUAUUUCGCUCUACACGCUCACCAGCUUUCCGAAUGACGAGCGCCAGAAGAUCGAUGCAGGGCUCCGGGUCAUACGAGAGGCUGCCCUGAACAAAGUUGGCGGUGCCGCGCGCUUGGAUCGCUUGUCAAAGCAACGCGCCCAAGUUAAAUUGAACGACACAGUCACACUGCUGUGGCCCGCCGAAAAUCUUAUCGGCGACUCAUCGAUAUCCAUUAUGUACUCAGGCUUUCCCAACACUGACACUACUUUCGCCGCACUCUGGCUACGCUUGCGCGAAGCUUUCCAUGACCUGUCGCAGAACACCAUGUAUGACGACGCAUUGCAUAUGCCGCCCAACCUGGACCUGCCACUUCUGGAUUACGACUACGUACUCAACACAGUUCGCAUCUCGGUGCAGGCACUAUCGGCGCCUGUUUUCUACGCGCAGGGCACACAGGCCAUGUUCUACGGAGGUUUAGGAUUUCUUUACGCCGUACAGCUAGUGCGUGCCCUGGACAAAUACGGGCUGCGAAUUAACAGCAGCGGUCAGGUAACCGGUCUGUGGCUUUCGUCUACUUGGCAACAUGCAGUCAAUGAUGUGGACAAAUGUCUGGACGGUUAUACAACCCACUUUCCUGAAAUACCUGCGCUAGAGAUCAGCUACCGCGCACUGGAGCAGGCUCUUGGUCAGAGCAGCGACUCUCAUCAGCGUCUUCGUGACGGCUUCACCGAGCGGCAGCAGUUCUUUGUCACGCUCUGCUUCCUCAUGUGCAGCAUUCCAGGCGCGGAACCCCCAGGAGACUGCAACAAGGCUGUAAUGAACUUCCCGCCUUUCGCCAGCGAGUUUGGUUGUCCGGUCAACUCCAGAAUGAGACCCGCUAAACCUUGUACCUUUUUUGACGAGUGA